CAUACAACGACCGGUACAGCAUGCCGAAGCUGAUCGUGAGUGCUAGCGGUGACGAGUUCUUCAUGUUGGAUGACUCACACUAUUACUACGACGUCCUACAGGGGCCCAAGUUCCUCAAAAUCACGCCCAACGCGGAGCACUCCCUGAUAGGACACGAGAUGGACGUGAUGUUCGCCCUGCGCAGUUUCUACCUGUCUGUGCUCACCAGCGCCCCCUUUCCCGCCUUCAACUGGACGCGCACGCAGACGACGACUGGCGGGAAAAUCACGGUGUACACGUCACAGGAACCCACGGCCGUGUCGGUCUACUACGCCACCACUCUAUCAGACGGCAGACGUGACUUUCGCCUGCUCGUCAAGGGCCCAGACGGGAACGCUUUCCCUCACCCCGUCCUCUGGUUCAAGGACAAAGCGCGGCGUGUGAGUGCGCACGUAUACGAGGCGGAGGUCGAACGGCCCCAGGACGGGUGGCGAGCGUUCUUUGUCCAGCUCAACUACCCAGGCAGGGCCGGCACCAGUCUAGAGCUGACCACAGAGACGUGUGUCGUGCCGGACACUUUCGUCUUCCCGGAUUGUCGCGGGCUGGCUUGUCGGGGCUCCCUAGUGUGAGGGGGCGGUGUGUGGGGUUAUGUGUGUGUCUGAUCGGGUGAGCAGGUCAUAUAUGACGUCAUAUAUGUGUCUGAUGGAGUGAGUUAGCGAUGGGUGACGUCAUGUAUUGAAAACAGACUGGUGUGAGCUCUAAGACGUCCUGUGUCUGAUGGUGUGAGUGAUUUCCAUGACGUCAUAUCGCUAUCUUAGAAUAAUUACAAUGUUCUUUCUGCUCAGAA